AUGGAGCUGUACGAGUGCGAGGAUGCAGUGCAUGUAGCACUACAGCAGCGUCGACCGCAGUACAUCGUGAGCAUCAUUAACAAGUUCUUAGCCCAACAGCAUACUAAAGGCAAGAGCACCGUGCCCGCAAUCGACUUUGUAUGUCUUGACUGUCGAGACGACGGACCCGAAGGCAAAGCUCGCGCUUUCUUCUCUGCACCACCACCUACCGUUGUCUUCUGUGCCAAUCGACUGCAUUCAGCUCAAGAAGUGGAGGAAACCAUGGUACACGAGCUCAUCCACGCAUACGAUUUUACGGUACGAAAGAUGGACAUCACCAAAUUGGACAUCUUGGCCUGCAGUGAGAUUCGAUCGGCGCGUGAGUCCGAGUGCUAUCAAAGAGCCAAAUUGUUGGAGAGAGUAUUGCCGGAUGUCGAGUUUUUUCAGAAAAGUGCCCGAUGGCUUAAUGCACGUUGUGUUCGUGAACACGCUGUCCGCUCUACAAGUUCCAUGUUUCCUGCAGGAGCACGUGAUGAAGUCGACAAGAUGUUUAAUCAGUGCUAUACCGACUAUAGUCCUUUUCUGAGUAAACAAUCGUCGCCGAACAAGUCUUCAGAGGAUGUAUGA